AUGGUGAAGCCUGAAGUCACCCCUCCAGCUCCUUCUCCGCCAGCCCCAGCUUCGGCCAUUCCUUUAGAUUCAACGACACGCACCACCCCAAUACACGCAGAGCUUGCCGAGAUCAAAGUUCCAGAUGGGCCACUGCCGUCAUACCGAUAUCACCCCGUGACAUGCCAGCCCAUCGAACCUCAAGAUUAUCAAAGUGAACUUAAAGAACUCGAAGAGGAGUACAAAUCACCAGAGGCCGCGCUUCGCGCACAGGAACAAAUUGCCAAAGAGGUUCAAGAGAAGAUUGCGAGUGCCCAGCGGAAACGAGAAGAGGUUCAAAAGUCUAUAGACAAAAAGGUCAAGGAGCGAGACACCGAGAUGAAGGUCGUAUCCAAGUUUCAAGAGACCAAGGUGGCGGAUAUUCCGUCUUGA